GUCAGGUGGUAUCGCGCGUUCAUGUUAUGUUCUGUGCUGGAAGCAGGCGGAAGCAGCUGGAAAAAACCAUCAUUGUAUGCCACUGGAAUCGUUACGUACGGUUCCUAAUCUUUUUUGCAACAAAUUGAUAUCAUGACAACAGUUGCAGGAAAUGGCAUCAUCUAAUGAUCUAAAUAAGCAUCGUAAGGACGACGACGGAAAUGUCGCUAAUACAGAAAAUAACAGAGUGGAUUUGGAAUCUCGAUUUGAGUGUCCCAUUUGCCUGACCUGGUUACGCGAUCCAGUAUUGACUUCAUGUGGCCACAAGUUUUGUGCGCAAUGCAUUAAUAUGUGGCUCCAGAAAAAAGGAACAUGCUGUCCUGUGGAUAGUCAACCAUUACAGCCGGAGAGUGAUUUAUUCCCAGAUCUCUUCACACGGCGAGAAAUAUCCCAACAGCGAGCACAUUGCCCUUACCAACAAUUUGGAUGUGCCAUCGAAUUGUCGCCAAUUGACAUAGACAGUCAUAUGAAUAAAUGUGACUUUAGAAGACAAGUUGGUGAACACGUGUCAUGCCCAUUUAAAUCCAUCGGAUGUUCUGACAUUGUUGUUUCGGAAGAAGCACUGAAAACGCAUUUGGAGCAAUCAACAAGUUCACAUCUCACUUUAGUGGCAAAGGUAAUUCCAAAACUAACCUCCUUGGAACAAACUGGAUCAGGUACCAGAGCUAUGGAAUACAAAUGGUGGGACCCACCCCCAAAAAAAACUUCGCUCUCAACCCAAGAUGAGCCAUAUCCAGAUUGGCAGGAAUUAGUCAAAACACUCUACGAGAGAAUCGUCGUCUUAGAGCAGCAGAACCGUGAGCUCACCAUAAGUCUUUCUAAUCAGCAAAACCAUCUAUCUUCCAUCCGGACUUCAGUACGAUAUAAUGACGAAGAAAUGAUCCUGCGUUAUUGCAACGGUCUUUAUAUUUGGAAGCUUGAAUCAUUCAGAGACAAACUUGAGAUCAUGACGACUGAUUCUCUAAAAAUGUUUUACAGUCCUGGAUUCUAUACAUCUCCUAAUGGUUACAAAAUUUGUGCUAGGAUAAAUGUAUCUUCUAAAGAUCCUCGCUACUUGUCUCUCUUAAUUCACAUGAUGCAUUCGGAAAAUGAUGAUGCAUUAGACUGGCCGUUCAAUGGGUCGAUUAGCUUCGUACUAGUUCAUCCUGUGAAUUCCGAACGUAAUAUACGAGAAACUACUUUCUCCAAACCUGAACUGGAGGCAUUUAAGAAGCCUACUUGUGAAUUGAACAAACGAAGUUUCGGGUAUACGGAAUUUGUUUUAAUCAAGGAUUUAGUUGAAUUUUUACGAGAAGACAGUAUGAUCAUGAGAGUGGAAGUUAAAUCAAUUUAGAUAUUUCCCAACAGGAUUGAUUGAAAUUAACGUAAUUUCCUUAGAACCCACAUUACGGCUAAAUAAAUCAUAAAAUAGUUUGAACUGGCACUCAUUAUAAUCUCCGUUUUCUACUCCAAAGGGCUAUGUCCAGUUCAGAUACAAUUUGUCAAUCAAUUAUCACGAUGCAAGUGGAAAUAGUCGACGCUUCUGCCGUAAUCUAAAGAAUCUCAGCAUGGCGUUCAGCUUUUGCAUGUCACUUCAAGACUCCGUCCAGACUAUCUAUAAUUUUAUUAGUCAAUCUUACACGCGACAUGUACAUGUAAGGAAGAAGUUUUUUUCCGUCCAUGUGAA